ACAAUUUCACAGACGUGUGUGCAAGAUUAUAGCCGAUUUCAUACCAAUGACAGAUUGUGACCGCAAAAGCUGCAGACCAAACUGUGACUUUACAAGCUUUGAUCAACCUUUUAUUUAUUUAUUUAUUUAACCUUAUCCGAUUGUUACUAAACUGAAAUUCGACUUCCUACCAAAAAAUGAAUGUACCAAAUAAUGAUGCUGAUGCUAUUCCAUUAGAAAUCGAGCCACGAAUGGAAUGGUUUGUAAACAAUAAUCGUUUUGCAGAUGUAUCAUUCAUUGUUGGUGAACAGAAAGAAAUGGUUUAUGCUCACAAAAUUAUAAUCGCUUCAGGUAGUCCAGUUUUCGAGCAAAUGUUUUUUGCGAAUCAUAACCUUCAAAUGACUGGAUCGAAGCCUAUUGAAAUACCGGAUUUAACAGCAACCGGAUUCAUUAAUAUGUUGAAGUACAUUUACACUAACGUAUUGAAAGAAUUGGAUUUGUCAGAGCUGUUUGAGACUUUUAUGGCCGGUGAUAAGUACCAAGUGUACAACAUGAACGACACAAUACUCUCGUUUAUCAAGAACGCUCUGAAUACAUCCAAUUGUUGCAUCAUUUACGAUCAAUUGAUGCAAUUUCCAAGUGACUAUGUGUGCGUGCCUCUUGAUCAAGUGAAAACUUUAAUUCGUUACAAUAGUGUAUUGGCAUUCAAGAACAGGCACUUCGUCGAUAUCAGCGAGGCCACCCUAGUGGAUUUGUUGAGCAUGGACGCUCUGACCAUAAAUGAAAUCGAUGUGUUAAAAUCGUGUGCUCUGUGGGUUGCCGAAGAGACUGAAAGACAGAAUUCACAAUCAAAUGUAACGAACAAGCGGAAGGUUUUCGAGCCUAUCAAGAAUUUGAUCAGAUUUUCUAAAAUAACAUUCGAUCAGUUGAGAAAGUUUAAUCCAAUCAAGGAUCUGUUGUCCAAUGAUGAGCUUAGCUCACUGCUCUUAUAUCUCUUGAACAUAACGAACUUUACAAUUGAGUGCCAUACUGCAAGAGAAAAACUAGAGUUGAAAAGUGCUUUUUGUAAGAAACAUUCGGCCAAGGACUAUUACCCGUCGAAACAAUGUUUAUCGGAGCUCAGUGUAGUAUUCAAAUCAAGGGGUAGUAUAUUCGUUACACAUGUUUACACUUUUCUUCCGAAGAGCGUUGAAGAUUUGGAGUUUUCAAUCAUGUUAAAUGAACUAAAUGUAAAACUGAAUUAUGAAAAAUUAUUAUCGGAGGACGACAAUUGCUGGUACUUCCGGUUUAUUGAUUUCGUUGAAAUUAACAUGACAAAAACCUACACAUUUGUUUUUAAUUUUGAAAUCACUUGGAUUCCCUUUAGUAGUUUAAGUCGUGAUAUCGCAAUGUUCGUAGAUGGUACCUUAUUGAAAUGUAACCUCUCCAGAUUAACAAAUAACAGUCAUCAUUGUUUAAAAAAAAUCGAUUUCUAUCAAACUUCUUAAUUCUCUUUUUGAGAG